UUCGGCGACGUUUGAAAGUUUCUUUGUCUUCCUUAUUUUACUUUUUUAAAUUAAUUAAUUAAUCAAUAUUACGAUAAUAAUCAGAAUAAGAAAAAGAAGAGAGUGAUUGUGAAUUAAGCACGCACGCUAAGUGAGUGAAUAGCAAUGGAGAAGUACCUGAGAGAAAACUUUAGCGUGCAGCCGAAGAAUCCCUCGGAGGCGGCACUUCUCCGAUGGAGAUCCGCCGUCUCAGUCGUCAAAAAUCCCCGCCGCCGCUUCCGCAUGGUCGCCAAUCUCGCCCAACGCGCCGACUCCGAACAAAAGCGCAAGAGGCUUCAGGAGAAGAUACGGGUGGCUCUCUAUGUGCAAAAAGCAGCGUUGCAUUUUAUUAACGCUGGGAGCCAAGGUGCUGAUUACAUGCUCGCCAAACAGAUACAGGAAGCAGGCUUCCGAAUUGAUCCCGAAGGAUUAGCCAAUAUUGUUCGAUCCCAUGACCUCAAAUGUUUAGAACACUAUGAAGGAGUUGAAGGAGUUGCAAGAGAUGUUCGUGUGUCAUUGCAUGAGGGUGUUAGUUCACUAGACGUUGAGCAUAGACAAAAAAUCUUUGGUUUUAACCGCCAUGCCGAGAAGCCCUCUAGAAGCUUUUGGAUGUUCGUUUGGGAUGCAAUGCAGGACUUAACUCUAAUUAUCCUUAUGGUAUGUGCUUUUGUUUCAGUAGGUGUUGGAAUCUUAACUGAAGGUUGGCCAAAAGGUAUGUACGAUGGAGUGGGAAUCAUACUAUGUAUCAUGUUAGUGGUCUUUGUCACAUCAAUCAGUGACUAUAGACAGUCCUUGCAAUUUAAGGAUUUGGAUAAAGAAAAGAAAAAUAUCGGCAUUCAAGUUACAAGAGACAGUAGAAGACAAAAGGUUUCGAUUCAUGAUAUAGUGGUAGGAGACAUAGUACAUCUAUCAAUUGGAGACAUAGUUCCUGCAGAUGGGUUAUUCAUAUCAGGUUUCGGCUUAUUAAUAGAUGAAUCGAGUCUAUCAGGUGAGAGUGAAGCUGUGAAUGUUAAUCAACAGAAGCCUUUUCUUCUAUCCGGAACUACGGUGCAAGAUGGGUCUGCUAAGAUGCUGGUGAUCUCCGUUGGUAUGAGGACUGAAUGGGGAAGAUUAAUGUAUACUCUUUCCGAAGGGGGAGAUGAUGAGACGCCUCUUCAGGUCAAACUAAAUGGAGUUGCCACCAUUAUUGGAAAGAUAGGCUUGGGUUUUGCCCUGCUGACAUUCGUGGUUCUGACGGGCAGGUUUUUGCUGGGGAAAAUAGCUCACCAUGAAAUAACAAAAUGGUCCUUAGAUGAUGCAUCUAAACUUCUCAAUUUCUUUGCUACUGCUGUCAUUAUAAUAGUUGUGGCAGUUCCCGAGGGGCUUCCUUUGGCAGUGACACUAAGCCUUGCAUUUGCAAUGAAGAAAUUGAUGGAGGACAAGGCACUAGUCAGGCACCUCUCCGCAUGUGAGACAAUGGGUUCAGCUGGUUGUAUUUGCACCGAUAAAACGGGCACUUUAACAACGAAUCACAUGGUUGUAGACAAAAUAUGGAUUAGCGGACAAACUAAGGCCAUUAAAAGCGGCAACAAGGAAAAUGUGUUGAAGUCCUCAAUUUCUGAACAGAUAUUUGAUCUCCUUUUGCAAUCCAUAUUCCAGAAUACUGGGUCGGAGAUAGUCAAAGGUCAAGAUGGAAAGACCAAGAUCAUGGGUACUCCCACAGAAUCCGCGUUGCUGGAAUUUGGCUUGCUUUUGGGAGGUGAUUCCAAGUUAUAUAACGAGAAGUAUAAAAUAGUAAAGGUUGAACCUUUCAAUUCAGUCAGAAAAAAGAUGUCGGUGCUGGUGGCUAUUCCCGAUGGAACCAACAAGUUCCGAGCAUUUUGUAAAGGGGCAUCAGAAAUAGUUUUGGAACUGUGUGACAAAGUUGUUAAUGAAGACGGCAAGGUCAUCCUCUUGAACGAACAACAAAGGAAUGGCAUCACAGAAGUUAUCAAUGGUUUUGCUUCUGAAGCUCUUAGAACACUCUGCAUUGCCUUCAAGGAUAUUGAAGAAUUUUCUGAAAGUGAUAGUAUUCCUGAGGAUAAGUACACGUUAAUAGGUAUUGUUGGGAUCAAGGAUCCAGUGAGGCCUGGAGUAAAAGAAGCUGUUAAGACUUGUUUAGAAGCUGGCAUCAUCGUUAGAAUGGUAACUGGUGACAACAUAAAUACUGCUAAAGCAAUAGCUAGAGAAUGCGGCAUACUGACAGAUGGAAUCGCGAUAGAGGGACCAGAUUUCCGGAACAAGAGCCCGCAAGAAAUGGAGGAUAUAAUACCAAAAAUACAGGUAAUGGCCCGAUCCUUGCCUCUUGACAAACACACCUUAGUGACCCAUUUGAGGAAUGUCUUUAAUGAGGUUGUGGCAGUUACUGGUGACGGGACCAACGACGCUCCAGCGUUGCAUGAGGCUGAUAUUGGACUUGCUAUGGGUAUUGCAGGGACAGAGGUUGCUAAAGAGAACGCGGAUGUGAUUGUAUUGGAUGAUAACUUCACGACCAUAGUCAAUGUUACUAGAUGGGGCCGUGCUGUUUAUAUUAAUAUACAAAAGUUUGUCCAGUUCCAGUUAACAGUUAAUGUUGUAGCUCUCAUGCUGAAUUUCGUUUCCGCAUGCGUGUCAGGUUCUGCUCCUCUUACCGCUGUUCAAAUGCUUUGGGUAAACAUGAUCAUGGACACUCUCGGCGCAUUGGCACUGGCUACAGAACCUCCUCAUGAUGGGCUGAUGAAGAGACCACCUAUUGGAAGGAACGCCAAAUUCAUCACCAGGAUCAUGUGGAGGAACAUAAUUGGUCAGAGCAUCUAUCAAAUUAUUGUCCUUUUAGUUCUUAAAUUUCGUGGUGAACAGAUUCUCAAGCUCAAUGGACCUGAUGCCACCAUAGUUCUGAAUACCGUCAUAUUCAACACCUUUGUAUUUUGCCAGGUAUUCAACGAGAUAAAUAGCCGUGACAUGGAGAAGAUCAAUGUUUUCCAAGGCAUGUUCAGCAGCUGGGUUUUUAUGAUGGUCAUGGCCGCAACGAUAUGCUUUCAAACCAUAAUAGUUGAAUUUCUGGGUACUUUUGCUCAAACAGUACCACUGAGCUGGAAGUUGUGGUUAGUAUGCAUCUUGAUUGGUGCGGUAAGUUUAGUUGUAGCUGUUGUCUUAAAGUGCAUUCCUGUUCCAUCGAGUAGCUACGACUACGUGGUUACGCAUCCCGAUGGUUACGAGGAGCUCCCCAGUGGACCAGAGCAGGCAUGAUACAAGCUUUGAUCAUAAUUUGAUUGAUUUUUUUAAAACCCCUCAAGAAGGAUAUACCAUAACUUAUCAUCGUUGGUUGUCUUUCAUUUUAGAGUUUAGACUGUCCACACCUUUCCUCUCUUUCUGCCCUCAUUUUUCUAUUUUUCCUGUGCCAUUUGUUGGGCGCACUGUCAUUCUCCUCAUAACUUCCCCCUUUUAUCCCUUCAUAACAUCUCUUUCGGAGGAUGAUUUUUGUCUGUACUUAAAACAUUAAUUUGCUAGUAAACAUGUAUCGGAGCGAAAUUAGGAACCUAAGUUUAGAAACCUUUAAUUAUCAUCAACUUAUUGUACGGUUGGGAUUGUUGUUCAAGGUUAAUAGUU